CACACAAAAGCCUGAUGGUGAUGCCACCGGUGACAGAAAACAACAGCCAUCCACCCCGGAGGAGCUGUUUUCUGACUCAGCUGCAGCUAUGAGACGAGGAGACCAACUGUAGGAGACGUGGACACUGAUGCACCUUUAUCAUCAGCUCUGCAGCUGACUGAAGGGUUGGACUUGUGGUGUGCAGGAAGAGUACUCCUGGGGAGGCACAACAACUGGCUUUACUGGAGCAUAUCAAGGAGGCUGUUUUACAUAUCUGUUUUACAUAUUAAGGAACUACAUCAAUGAGGACGCCCGGCAUGGCGGUAUUCAAGCAAGAGAACGUGGAGGAUUUUUAUGAAAUUGGAGAAGCACUGGGAAGUGGGCAGUUUGCGAUUGUCAAGCGAUGCAUAGAGAAGAGCACAGGCAAUAAGUACGCGGCCAAGUUCAUCAAGAAGCGCCUGACUCGGGCCAGCAGACGGGGUGUGAAAAAAGAGGAGAUUGCGAGGGAAGUGGACAUCCUGCAGCAGCUCCAGCAUCCCAACAUUGUAGCGCUCCACGAUGUUUACGAGAACCGCACAGACGUUGUGCUCAUCCUCGAACUGGUCUCUGGAGGAGAGCUGUUUGACUUCUUAGCUCAAAAGGAGAGCCUCAGUGAGGAGGAGGCCACUCAGUUUAUCAAGCAGGUCCUAGAUGGAGUGCAGUACCUCCACUCCAAGAAGAUUACACAUUUUGAUCUAAAGCCUGAAAAUAUAAUGCUGCUGGACAGGGAUGCCACCUUACCCCGCAUCAAAAUAAUAGACUUUGGACUAGCACACAAAAUACAAGAUGGGGCAGAUUUCAAAAACAUUUUUGGCACCCCUGAAUUUGUUGCUCCAGAGAUAGUCAACUAUGAGCAACUGGGCUUGGAAGCAGACAUGUGGAGCAUCGGAGUCAUCACAUAUAUACUUUUGAGCGGCGCGUCACCUUUCCUCGGUGACACAAAGCAGGAAACGUUAGCAAACAUCUCAGCGGUGAACUACGAAUUUGAUGAAGAGUUCUUCAGCAGUACCAGUGAGCUGGCCAAGAACUUUAUCAGAGGGCUCCUGGAAAAGGAAACAAGAAAACGGUUGACAAUACAAGAUGCAUUGAAUCAUCCUUGGAUUAAGUCCUGCGGCCACACGGAGGAGGACAGCGCUGCCUCUGAGAAGAAAGCAAAGCAGUUGAAGACAAAACUACUUAAAGAGUACACUAUCCAGUCGCACUCCAGCAUGUCCCAAAACAACACAUAUGCCAACUUUGAGCGUUUUGCCCAUGUGGUGGAAGACAUUGGAUUAAUGGAGACGGGAUUGUCCGAGGUGGCGGAAGCUUACCGCACCCUGCAGGGUGACAUAGAAGCGCUGCUCUCCAUUUACAAUGACAAGGAAGCUUGGUACAAGGAGGAGCGUGAGACCGCAAAGAAACAGCUCUCGCAAGCCUGCCACAAGUUUCGCAAAGUGGAGGCCACCAGAAAGCUGGUGCAAGAAGACAUGAAGGCAGUAGAUGUUUGUCUGGAGAGCAUCGGCAAGAGGUACAACCACAGGCAGGGCCAACUGGAUGCUCUGAGGCAGGAGCUGAACUCUGAGCUCCAGUGGCUCCAGGAUCUGAUGGGCUCUUUGCAUCCUGAGGGAACCAAUAGUAGCAUCCAUAACAGAAGUCUGAGCACACAUGUAAAGAAAGCCCUGGAGGACCUGCUGCAUCUGACUUGUGAAGGCGAAGUCUGCUCUGAGGCUGAACAGCCCCUCACUGAAUCUGGCAUAAACUACUGAAAAAUCAGAUUCAACAACAAAGAGUCAACAACUUUUCUUUUUGUUUUUUUUUUAAACUGCACUCUCUAAAUUUUAUUUAUUUGUAGAUUUUCUUUAUUGUACAAAAAAAAAGAAGAUAAAGAGAUAAAGGAGAAGACCGUUAUCUCAGCUAACAUGUCUGCAUGAUUAAUCGUUAGCUAAGCUUAGCAGAAACACUGAAAACAGCGAUAAAGCUAGCCUGGCUUUGUCCGAAGGUUAAACAAAUGUAAACACACAUUAUACACACUAUAUUUUCUGCAUGGAGUUUGCACGUUCUCCCUGUCCCUCCGUGGGUACCCUCCAGGUUCCUCCCACAGUCCAAAUACAUGUACAUUAGGUUAAUUUGUGAUUCUAAACUUGCUGUAGGUGCGACUGUGAGCGUGAGUACUCACGACCUGUCCAGAGUAUGCCCGCUUCAGCUGGGAUAGAUUCCAGUCUCCUGAACUGAAUGAAGCAAAUGGAUGGACAUUAUCAAUUAUAGAAAUCUUAGUGCAUUAAGUUUUGCCAUUAUUUUAAACAGCGUUCUGGGAGGAGACCCUAAGGCAGACCUAAAACAUUCCGGAGAGAUUAUAUCUCUUAGGUAGUUUGGAAUGCCUCAGGUUCCUACAGAAACCCCCAUCUAACCCUAACCCCCAGGUGACUAGAGAGAGGGGGUUUUGCCUCUGCUUAUGGACUGCUGCCCCGAGCACUGACAUCUCUUUUGUUGACUUUUGACAGAGUCAGCCUGCCUGUUUUCUUUAGUAGGCCUAAGCUAAGCUGAGCUUAAAUUUCUCACUGGCUCUGGCAUGCUUUUUAAAUGACAGACAAGUACUGAUCUUAACAGCAGGUACAGCAGCAAACAUGAUUAGUCCUUUAACUGGGAUACGUGGCACAAUAUUUUAUUUUAUUUAUUUAUUUAUUUAUUUAUUUAUUUAUUGUGACACAUGGAUUUAUUAAACUACGUUUAUUUAUUAAUUUGGCAUUUUCUGCCUGAGCAUUUAGCAGAUUAUUUUAGCUGAUUUAGUAAAACUAAAUGAAACAAAUGUACUGUGCAAUGGUUCUCUCAGUGGAGUGAAUGAUAAGUUCAAAUGUUUUUUUAUUGACUAAGUUUUUUUAAUUGCAAUUUUCUUUUUUAUUGAAAUGAUUAUUAAUCCUAUUUAAUACUCCAUGUGUAAAUGAUAGUGUUUUAAAAGAAAGGAUCUUUUUUAUGGAUUUAAAUGUGCUCUAUUGCUGAAGGUUGAUUUAUUUCGAAAAUAUUUUGAGCUGUUUUUGCGCUAACCAUAAAAACAACAUCUAUGAUAAGAUCUUAUCUGUUUAAACAUUUCUCACUUCCUUUACCAGUAUUAGCGUCUCAACACUCAGCACUCUUUUCUUUGUGCGCUGACAUUUUACACUGUUGUCAACCAUGAAAUAAAUGUUAAUUAGAGAUUAUGACUCUUUUUUUUUUUUUUACAUUUCUGUCAUUCAUGAUCUGAAAUGUCUUCAUGGUAUAGCUGAUUAUAUUAGACAAGCACAUGCGCACAGCUGAUGUGAGGGACAGUUCUGCUUUCUGACAUCUCACUGUAUUU